UACUUUCGAAUAUGAGAAACACAACACAUCACACCUUAAACCAAACAACAUGAAGUUUUUAGUAAUUUUCGCUGCAGUUCUUGUGUGCGUACACGCUGUGCACUUGCCCUACAUUGUCUCCAGUGAUUCCAAGUCCAGUGAGGAGGAAUAUCGUAUACUUUUGCCUGCUAAGGGUCAACAACAACCGCUCAUUACUUUGCCAGGAGUUGGUGUGAUUACUCAGCCUGUGGUGCAAGCCGUCAAAGUGAAAGUACCACGGGAUGAGAAGCCUGAGGUUAAGCAGCAAAUAAUCCAAGAAGAGUUGGCUGAGCGUGGUUAUGGCGCACAUUCGGUAGCAGCGGCAUAAAAUAAAGUGCCACAGAAAGUUGCAGCAUUAGUUUCAAAAAUUAGUUGUUGACUAAAAUAUGCGUUGCGAGUAAAGGCAAAC